GAUAUUGAAUAUCGGAGUCAUUUGUACAUUUUUGCGUUCGUAAAUGCGACUGUGCGCUACGAUUCACUGGUAUUGUCUUUGUUGUUGUGAAUAAACUACGCCCAAUUAGUUUUAAUUACAAUAGAAAUAACUGACACCAAUACUUAUACAACCCCAUGUCAACACAUUUUAAACAGUGCAGAAAACAUUAAAUAAGCAGAGAAACAUCGAAUCGUUACAGUUAUCAACCAGCCACUGAGAGAUUGAAUAGUCAGUUUACGUGCUACUCUUCCCGUGUAUUCCGUUUUCGAGUAGCAAUGUCGCAAGAAUACUUUGUUGUCUCGGUGAGACUUUUGGAAAACGAAAAAAUGGAGGAGAUACGCGUGCCGGAGGAUGCUCCUGGAAAAUGGCUUUUUGAAGAAAUCUGUCGUCAACAAGGAGUAAUGCAAGAGCGUGAAUAUUUUGGCCUUCGUUACCUAGAACAUGAAAUGCUUUCGUCUCCAACAAAGCGUUGGAUCAAUCUCACCAGAAACUUAUCAUCACAACUCAAGCACACUUAUCCUCGUCAAGUAAGCUUUCGUAUCAAGCAUUAUCCUGCAGACCCCAUCAUUGACUUGAGGUUACCCAAAUCCCACUACCUACUCUAUCAUCAGUUGCGUCGGGAUUUAAUAAGUGGGAGAUUAGUCGCACAAAUUGAUGUGCUAGUUCGACUUGCUGCGCUUGUUGUUCAAGUGGAACUUGGAGACAGUUCAGCCCAGGAACCACUUGAGGCGUCUGUGAAAACUGAUGAGCGUCAAUAUUUACGUGGAUUUCGUGUUCUACAUAAUCAGACUGAACGUCUUGAAUCUCUUAUCACUGAAGAACACCAGAAAUUGGAGAAUUUCUUACCUUCUGAAGCUGCAAGUGAAUUGAUACACCUUGCCAGUAGUCUGGAGACAUAUGGUAUAGACCCUAUUCGUGUUAAGACAAAAGCAUAUGGCUCACGACACAUUCAUAUAGGUCUCACUCACCAAGGUGUAGCUGAAUUCAUAAGCAAUCGACGUCAAAAAUUGUAUCCAUGGUCAACUAUAUCUUGGAUGACUUGUAAUGGUAGAGAUUUUGUUGUUGCAAUUUUACAACAACAUUCUGGACGAAAGAAAAAGACAACAACAACAAUUCAUUAUAAAUGUGAUAAUAAAUCAGUUGCACAAGCUUUAUGGGAAUGGGCAUCCGAUCGACAAUUGUUUUUCACUCUAGAUAAAUCUUCAUCGGUCAAACCGGUUAAAUCUAAGAAAGCACUAUUUCAACGAACUAAAACUUUUACAUUCUCUGGUCGAUGUCGUCGUGAAGUUAUUGGUAGACCAAUGUUAACUACUAGUCUACCUACUGAUAUAUGUGCAAUUUCUGUCGCUGAAGAAAAUCUUUCACUUAAUAAUAAUCCAACUGGAAAUAAUCCAUUCAGUUUAAGUAUGGGUGCUCUUACAAAUGAUAUUGGUCGUAGUAGUAGUAUUAUGAAUGCACCUAUUGAAAAUAAUAAUAUUGAAGAUGGUGAAUCAACUCAAACUGCUCCAGUGAUUACAAUAUCAGGAUUUUCAUCACCAUUAGGUGGUCGUUCACAAGCUCCAAUAUUUUCAGAAUCUUCAAUACAAUCUAAUAUUACUACUAGUAAUUCAAUUGUGGAAAGUGUUGAAAAUCAAGAAAUUUCAAACAAUCAAUCGACUCUUUCAUCAUCAAGCAAUGUUAUUUUUAAUUCAAAUCAAUUAGUUCCUCUUUUUACUAAUUUACCUAAACGUCGUUUUAGUACAGAAGCUAGAAAAAGACAACGUGAACUCUUGCGAAAACAAUCCAAAUAUGGAUUAUAUCAACAGGAUCAUUUAGAUUUAUUCGAUACUGAUGAUGAUGAAUGUGACUAUGACGAUACAACAUCAGAAGCUGCAGUGGAAGCUAUAAAUUCUGCUGCUAAAGCUGGAGAAGCAUGGUUAACCAAUGAACUAGAAAAGGAUAGCGAAAAACACAUAUCACCUUCACCUGUUAAAUCAUGGUUUAGUUUUCUUCAUUUAUCAAAUACUCAAAAAGAAAAUAAACAAACUACUUCUGUUGUUCAAAAGAAGAAAGAUAUUCACAACACUAAUAAUCAUUCAUCAAUUUCAAAUAUCACACAGAAUAAUGAUACACCUGAUACAGAUAGUAAUGAUUCAGAAUCUUCUGUUGAACCUGUAUCAAUUUGGCGUUUUGCUGCUAUAUCUGCUGGUUUCAUGACUCUAGCUUCAAUUUUCGGUUUAGCACUUAUUCUGGAAGCUGAAGUACAUUCACCAAUUAUGGCAUCAAUACGUGGUCAUCCAUGGUUUUUAGAUUUGGAUUCUCGUUUUUAUCGACCUAUGCGAUCAGUUCUGCUUGGUUUUUGGCGUCGUUAAUAUCAUAUUUGAUCGAUAUGAUAUAUAUAACUUGUUUAUCUAAACUAAAACACCAAUCAUAAUAUAUAUUUAUCUAAUUUUGUCUGUUUUUUUUUGUUUCUAAACAAGUAGUGUUUUUUUUCUUGUAUAGAUUUGCAUUUUUCAGCUUUCAUUUAAAAAAAAACGUCUCACAGUUUAUUUGUUUUCAGGUUUACAUAUAGAAAAUCUUUUAUGCAUAAAUAAUAUUUAUUGUGCUUUCUUUUUUCAAUAUUAUCAUUUCUUAUUGAUGUCAUUUGUGUUUUUGUUUUUUUUUCUACUAUUCUCUCAUCAUUUUAUUUAUUUAUUUUAUGAUUUAGUCCUGUGUUGUUAUUGUUUGUUUAUUAUUAAUUAAUGUUUUACAAAUCAUUGUAAUGAAAAUCAUCAUGUUGAGUUUGGUUUUUUGUUUUUCUUACUGCUUUCGAAGUUUUCGAUCGGUUUAUUGAUUUUUUCUGUGUGUGUGUGUGUGUGUGAUCAUGAUCAGUUUUCGCGCGGUGAUUUCAGCCUUUCUCACAUAAAAUCAAUAAUAUUUGUGUUUUGUAAACAAACAUCAUUUUUUAAUAAAAUGCAUUUACAAUAUAGAAAGAAUUGUGUCAGCAUGAAAAGAGGAACUCCAUCAGUAGUAUAGUCUACUGAUCUGUUUUUAAUUAUUUAUGUUUAACUUGUGUGUGUGUGUGUUUUUUUUCUCAUGUUUUCAUUUCAUUAUAUUCAUCUGUUAUUAUUUUCGAAAUCCUCGCUCUUUGUAGUUGUUUUUUUGUGAUAAACUAUAUGUUAUGUUUCAUUACAAUUUAAAUUAAUAUUAAAAAAAAUCUCUGUGCC